AUGAAGUGCUUUCUGCCUCUAUUUUUUCUUUUUCUAACACUUUCUUCCGCAUUUCCCGCAGACCGAAAAGGGGGAAAUGAUGCAAACCAGCAGCUGGCCCAGGUGUAUCUCAACAAGUUCUACUCUCUUGAGAUAGAAGGGAGUCAUCUUGUCCAAAGCAAAAAUGGGAGUCUCUUAGAUGGCAAAAUUCGGGAAAUGCAGGCAUUUUUUGGAUUGACAGUGACUGGAAAACUGGAUUCAAACACUAUUGAGAUCAUGAAGAUGCCCAGGUGCGGCGUGCCCGACGUGGGGCAGUAUGGUUACACUCUCCCUGGGUGGAGGAAACACAGCCUUACAUACAGAAUAAUGAACUACACUCCGGAUAUGGCACGAGCUGAUGUGGAUGAUGCCAUUCAGAAAGCUCUAGAAGUGUGGAGCAAGGUGACUCCACUGACGUUCAGCAAGAUUUCCAGGGGGAUUGCAGACAUCAUGAUUGCCUUCAGGACUCGAGUCCAUGGUUGGUGUCCUCGCUACUUCGAUGGUCCCUUGGGAGUUCUCGGCCAUGCCUUUCCUCCUGGUCUGGGUCUGGGUGGUGACACUCACUUUGAUGAAGAUGAAAAAUGGACAACAAGAGAUGGAGAAGGAUUCAACUUGUUUCUCGUGGCUGCUCAUGAAUUUGGUCAUUCUCUGGGGCUUUCUCACUCAAGUGAUCAGACAGCCUUGAUGUUCCCAAAUUAUGCCUCCCUGGAUCCUAACAAAUAUCCACUGUCUCCGGAUGAUAUCAGUGGAAUCCAGUCCAUCUAUGGAAGUCUACCAAAGGUACCCCACAAGCCAAAGAGAACCCCUGUACCUCACGCCUGUGACCCUGACUUGACUUUGGAUGCUAUCACCACUUUCCGAGGAGAAAUAAUGUUCUUUAAAGGCAGCCACUUCUGGAGGGUUUACUGUGAGCUCGCUGAUGUGGAAUUUGAGCUAAUUCCUUCAUUCUGGCCAUCUCUGCCAACUGAUCUACAAGCUGCUUAUGAAAGUCCCAGAGACAAGGUCCUGGUUUUUAAAGAGGAAAAUUUCUGGGCAAUCAGAGGGUACGCUGUCUUGCCGGAUUAUCCCAAAUCCAUUCAUACACUUGGCUUUCCAAGAUACGUGAAGAAAAUUGAUGCAGCUGUCUAUGACCAUGACACACAAAAAACCUACUUCUUUUCAGGCAUUUGGUACUGGAGGUAUGAUGAGAUGGCCCAGGCCAUGGACAGAGGGUACCCACAGAGGAUAGUGAAGUACUUUCCAGGAAUUGGUCUCCGCGUGGAUGCAGUCUUCCAGCAUAAAGGAUUCUUCUAUUUCUUCCGAGGAUCAAAACAAUUUGAAUAUGAUAUUACGGCAAAGAAUGUUACCCGAGUGAUGAGAAUCAAUACUUGGUUCCAAUGUAAAGAACCACUACGCUCAACAUUAGACUUCAGAACCAAGGAGAAAGCACAUUCCAGAGGAGUAGGGAUGUUACAUCAUCAGCCUGCAAGCUUGUUUCUUUUCAUUAUCAUUCACGUGCUGACAAAAGUAUAG